GUAGCAUUCAAAAUGGCAGCUACGAGAAGGUUGCAAAAGGAAUUGGGCGAUUUGAGAGCUUCGUCUAUCAAGAAUUUCACAAAUAUCCAAGUCGAUGAGUCAAACAUUCUUACAUGGCAAGGACUCAUAUUACCGGACAACGCACCUUACAAUAAAGGCGCUUUCCGCAUAGAAAUAAAUUUCCCAGCUGAAUAUCCGUUUAAGCCACCGCGGAUUACAUUUAAGACAAAAAUAUAUCAUCCAAAUGUGGAUGAAAAAGGCCAAGUUUGUCUACCUAUAAUCACCGCUGAAAACUGGAAACCCGCUACCAAAACAGAUCAAGUGAUCCAAGCUUUAAUAGCUUUAGUGAACGAUCCUGAGCCAGAGCAUCCAUUGCGAGGCGAUUUGGCCGAGGAAUUUCUUCGGGAUAGAAGAAAGUUCUUAAAAAAUGCAGAGGACUUUACGAAGAAGUACGCCGAAAAAAGGCGAGAAACAUCAUCGGCUGACUAACAGUGAUUAGCCUUAUUGCACCAAGAUGCCUGAUGAAAAAUGGGAAUCAGGCUCAGAUCCAUUGUACAGAUCGACAUGAAAAAUUAUAAUAUUUAUAUUAUGGAAAUUCAAGUUCUAAAAAACACAAAAGAACAAAAAUAUUAAUUGUAAUAAAUAACAUACGGUGUACAUUAGCUGAUGAUGCAAGUUCUCUUGGAAACCUUAGAAUGCUGAAGUUUUUUUCGUUAUCUUGUUGAGCUUUUUGAAAGCCAAUUAUUUAUUUAUUAUAUUAGAAAAAGAAAAAACAGUAAUAAUAAUAAUAAUAAUAAUAUCGUACUACUUGCUAGCCUAGAGAGAAGCAACACAAUUCGCGAUUCUUCGCCGUCGGGCGAUCUUUCCAUCGAUUUUUACACGCCACGUUUUGUCCUGAAAAUCGAGCCAAAAAAAAAAGACAACAAAAAAAGUUCGCAUUUUGUUUAUAAUAUACAUACCGUUAAUUAUAUAAUAUCCGUUUUUUUUUCUUCGUUAAAAUAGUCCAACAUUUUUCAGGGAACAGUGUGCAAUUGUGUAUAGAUCGAGGGGCCAGUUUUUGAGAUUCAAAACUGUUGUUUGCGUGCUUAAGUUUUCCAGUUUCGACAGUGACUAUGAAUUUAGUUUUUAAUACCAAUAAAAUUUAAUUUUUAAUACCAGA